AUGGAGAAUCAAAUUUCCAAGAAGCGGGAUCGGGAUGACUCGGCUGAGUUUACUGAGUCGGAGAACGGUUCGCCCGAGGUGAAGCGACUCAGAGAUGACCUUUUAGGUUUUUUCGACGAGUCCGAUCCUGAACCAGCGACUCAAGAUCUCGAUUCGUUGAUGAGGAGUUUUGAGGAAGAAAUCGCCACUGCGUCGUCGUCUCCGGUGCCGGUGGUGGAUUUGACGGUGGAUUCCGGUGAGUCUCAGCCGGAGUUAGGUUAUCUAUUGGAAGCCUCCGACGAUGAACUCGGUCUUCCGCCUUCUGUUACUUCGAUUAGUAAGGAGGAGUUCGACGAAUCGGCUGUGUUUGCGAGAGUUUCGAGUGAUUCGUUGGAAGUCGGAGAGAUGUGGAGGUUUGAGGAUCAGAUUCCGAACUAUGACGCUUUCGAACUGGAAGGCGGAGAUGUGUAUAGCGGAAGCGAUACGGCGGCGUAUGUGGCGUUUGAUGGACUGUUUGAGUAUUCGAAUCUGUGUUUGGAUGCGUCGGAGAACUCGGAUUUUCUUUGGCGGCAAGAAUCUCUGCCGGCGCAGUAG